AUGGAGAAGGUUCAGUUCGACGAUGUGAUUCACUACAAGGAUAAUUUUUAUGGCAUAACUUGCGAAGGGGAAGUUGCUAGUUUUGAUCUUGAAAAUCCGCACUUAAAGAUGGUAGCAAGUAGAGUUUCAAACGAAGAGGAAGAUGAAGAUGAAGAAGAAGAGUUUUGUGGCAAAUAUUAUCUAGUGGAAUGUUGUGGACAACUUUUACAAAUUAAAAGGUAUUUGGCUAACACAUGUAGUGACUUUAUUCGUUUGACGAGUGGGUUCAAAGUUUUCAAAUUAAGCCAUAAUAGAGGAGAUAAGUGGGUCGAGAUGGAAAGUUUAGGUCAUGAUGUGGCUAUAUUUUUAGGUGACAAUAGCUCUGUAUCGGUUUUAGCUCCAAAUAUUGAUGGAUACAAAGGAAAUUGUUUAUAUUUCACCGAGGACAAAGAUACUCUUGAUAUUGGUUACUUGGGACCUUCGGACAUGGGUCUCUAUGAUUUUGAGAAUAAAAGCUUCACACGACAUUUCGACAUGGACGCAACAAAUUUUUUGAAUUUACAAAAGCGACCUCUUUGGAUUUUACCCACACUACAUUUGUGUUAA